UUGACUAGAGGAAAAAAGAUUGCGGGAUUUAGUAGCUUGUUUUGUCGCAGUAUUUGUUGUCCGAGUAGUUGUAAAAAUGCGUCGCCGAGGUGGUGGGGUUGGAGCCAUUAAUAAGAAACGAUUAGCGGAAGCGAAAUUCAAAGACAAGGGAACGUCGAUUGCGGAAGACCAAUUGGCUCAAAUGUCAAAGCAACUCGAAGCUUUCCGUACCUACCUGGAGGACUUCGCUACGAAACACAAGAAUGAUAUUCGCAAAAGCCCAGAGUUUCGAACGCAGUUUCAGGAAAUGUGUGCCACGAUUGGCGUCGACCCUUUGGCGUCGGGGAAAGGUUUUUGGUCUGAAAUGCUCGGUGUGGGUGAAUUCUACUACGAACUUGGGGUCCAAAUCAUCGAGGUAUGCCUGGCGACACAACACAGAAAUGGGGGACUGAUGUAUUUAAAUGAGCUGCUUUUGAAAGUGAGAACAACGAGAGGAAAGUCGAAGCAAGCCCAAGACGUGAGCGCUGACGACUUGAUGCGAGCUAUAAAGAAACUAAAAAUUCUAGGCAAUGGUUUUACACUGUUGAAAGUUGGGGAUGGAAAUAAUUAUCUAGUGCAGUCUGUCCCAGCAGAACUAAACAUGGAUCAUACAAGUGUACUGCAAGCUGCCAAGGACACGGGAAACACUUCUAUACCACAAUUGAAGCAAAAAUUGGAAUGGGAAGAAGAGAGAGCCAAGUUAGCCGUUGACUACAUGGUAAAAGAAGGGCUUGCAUGGGUUGAUAUGCAGACCAGACCUCAACUGUAUUGGUUCCCUGGACUUUUUACUGAGACAUCUUAAAGGUCUUGGUGAUGUUUAUCAGAUUAAUUUGUGGGGAAAACGAUAAUUUCUAGCAGAAUACAAAUCAUGAAAAUGUAGUAACAGUAUUAUUUUAUAAAGAAUUCCUGUGCAACGAUUUAAAAAUGAAUUACUCUCAACAUGCUAACCCAUGUAAUAAUGUUUUUAUAUCAAACCAGGGAGUAAGGUGCAUAAAUAGGAGAAACUUAGCAAAUGUACCUUGGUAAGAAAAUAAUUUGUUCUCCCCACGAUACCAACCAUGUGAUGAUGUCCAUCUCCAGAAAAAACAUACACAACAGAUACAAACUGUUAAUUUUGUCUUUAUUAUUGUAAGUACAUAAUAACACCAAUAUUUUACUAAAAUACUUUACAAUCUAAAAAAAAUGUACAUACUUGACAAUUGUUAAUAAAUGAAUGUCAUUUUCA